AUCGAAAAAAUAAAGCCAAUCUCUUACGAAGAGACGCUGCAAUAAUGACGCAACCGAAACGCGUGCUUUGUGUGGGUAUGUGUGUAUUAAAUGUCGUUCACAUAUGCCAAGAAUAUCCUCUUAAAGAUGGAAGGACCCGCUUAUCUGAAGGCUAUUGGCAACGUAGUGGUAACGCGUCAAACAAUUGCACGGUUUUACGAAUCCUGGGCAGUGAAUGUGAAUUCUUUGGCAUUCUUAGCCGGGCGCCCGCAUUUCAAUUUCUAAUUGACGAUUUUAAAGAGCGUGGCAUUGUUAUUGAUAGCUGUCCCCGAGUAGAUAUUUAUCAGCCAUAUUCUUCAAUAUUAUCAUGCCGUCCCACCAAUACAUUUACGAUCAUUCACACCGAUAUGGGUUUUCCGAUAUUGCGCUUUCAUCACUUUAAACAAUACGUUAAAUUGGAAAAUUAUAAAUGGAUACACUUUGAGGGUAGAAAUCCGUGGGAAACAAAGCCGAUGAUAAACAUGAUAAGACGAUUUAAUGAGAAUCUUAAGUCCAAUCGUGGCAAAGACGAUGAUGUGAAAGCUAUAACCAUAUCAGUGGAACUGGCUAAGCCCACUCAGGAUCUAUUGCCGUUGGCAAUAAGAGCUGAUGUAUUGUUUGUGGGACGGGAAUUCGCUUUACAUAUAGGUUGGAAGACACCGAAGCAAACCAUAUUUUGUUUAAGAGAGUUGUUAACCACAUUGCAAUUAAGAGAGGAAAAGGAUGACAAUGAGUUAGAUUUGUGUUUUCGGAGUCCACACAUAAUUUGCCCAUGGGCAGAUACAGGAGUAGAUGUACUAACGGCAAACUACGAAUAUUUUCAUAUUCCCUCUUCACCACCUAUUCAUAUUAUUGACACACUAGGUUCGGGCGAUACUUUCGUGGGUAGCAUCAUACAUGCCUUAUCACAUAUGAAGUAUUCAGUGCAAGAGGCAGUCGAAUUUGCCAAUCGAUUGGCUAUAUAUAAAAUGCAAUAUCGGGGCUUAGAUUGUAUAAAAGAUUAUUUAACACAACAAGAAGAAGAAGAGGACUAAAAUUAAGAAAUAUCUUCCAUGUAUGUGUUUAAAUAGUCAAUCCCUUAAUAAGGAUUUGUAAGAGUCAAUUA